GUAUGUGUUUACAGCUGAUCUAGAAACAGUUACUUUGUUUAACAGAAAGCGUUUGAGGUAGCGAUUUUUGGUGGGUAGAGCUGGUCGUAGAACAGCUUUUCAAUAAUAUCCGGGACUCUCGUGUGACAGUCAGCUGAUAUAGUAUUAGGUGUGUUUCUAUAUAUUUUUCCCCCUCAGUACAGUACUCCAGAUAGAUCUAGUUGCAAUUAGAUUUGGUGAUUUAACAAUAGUCUAAAACCAACCGGUAAGAACUGGUAUUUGGUUUGAAAAAAUGGCAGCACACCCGCCAAAGACAAAGAUUCUGAUAAGUGCAAAUAAAAGGUUGCAAAACCUGAAAGAGGCCUUCGAGAAAAAGUAUGGAGAAGCACCUCUUUUUUAUGCACGAGCUCCCGGAAGAGUCAAUCUAAUAGGAGAACACAUUGACUACUGUGGUUAUGCUGUGCUCCCAAUGGCUAUUGAGCAGAGUAUUCUGGCUGCAGUCACUGUCAACGAUUCCAAGAAAAUCUACCUGGCCAACACAGAACCUAAAUACAAGGACUUUACAGUCUCUUCAGAAGAUAUUGAGAUAGACAAGGACAAUCCUCAGUGGUACUAUUACUUUCUCUGUGGGGUGAAAGGGAUUCAGGUGAGUCAUCUAGACUCUGCUUAUUACUUUCUCUGUGGGUUGAAAGGGAUUCAGGUGAGUCAUGUAGACUCUGCUUAUUACUUUCUCUGUGGGUUGAAAGGGAUUCAGGUGAGUCAUCUAGACUCUGCUUAUUACUUUCUCUGUGGGGUGAAAGGGAUUCAGGAGCACCUAGGGAAGGUUCCUCUGUCUGGGAUGAAGUGUGUUGUGGACGGGACCAUCCCGGCUAGCUCAGGCUUGUCCAGCUCCAGUGCCCUGGUCUGCUGUGCUGCGCUCCUCACUAUGGAGGUUAACCACAAGUCCCUCAACAAGGUGGCGCUGGCAGAGAUUUCAGCCAAGUGUGAGCGCUACAUUGGCACUGAGGGUGGAGGCAUGGACCAGUCCAUCUCAUUCCUGGCAGAGGAAGGAACUGCCAAGCUGAUUGAGUUCCACCCUCUGCGGGCGUCUGACGUACGUCUCCCUGAGGGAGCAGUGUUUGUUAUCUCUAACUGCUGCGUUGAGAUGAACAAGGCUGCUACCUCUCACUUCAACAUCCGGGUGGUCGAGUGUCGGAUAGCCACCAAGAUGUUGGCGAAGGCUCGGGGGCUGGAGUGGGGCCGGCUGCUGAAGCUGUCCCAGGUGCAGACAGAGCUGGAGGCCUCUCUGGAGGAGAUGCUGCGGCUGGUGGCCGAGGUGCUGCACCCUGAGCCCUACAGCAGAGAGGAGGUCUGCAAGGCCCUGGGAAUCACCACAGAACAGCUCUGUACAGACCUCCUUAGCCCCAACACACAGGACGUGGCCCAGUUCAAGCUGUACCAGCGGGCCAGGCAUGUAUACGGCGAGGCGGCACGGGUCCUGCGGUUCAAGAGCGUGUGUGAUGAAGCUCCCUCCGCACCGAACGGCGUGCAGCGUCUCGGAGACCUGAUGAAGCAGAGCCACGCCAGCUGCAGAGACCUGUACGAGUGCAGCUGUCCAGAACUGGACCAGCUGGUAGAGAUAUGUCUGCAGUCUGGUGCGGUGGGAUCCCGGCUGACCGGAGCAGGCUGGGGAGGCUGUGCUGUCUCCAUGGUCCCCACUGACAAGGUGGAGUCUUUCCUAAAGAGCGUCAGAGAGUUGUACUACACGGCAGACCCACGCAGAGCCGAGCUAGAGAAACACAGUCUGUUUGUCACCAAGCCUGGUGGAGGGGCGGCCAUCUUCCUUGAAGACUGAAGUCAAAAAAAUGCUUCUCUUUACAAUUUUGAGGUGAAAUGUCUUCCUUGCCGUUUCACCUUUUCAGUAUUUUUAUACUAUUAUUUUAGUCGUGACUCUGACUAAUUCUCAUGCCAAAAUGACACCGUUGAUGAUUCUGGAAUUUCAAGGGCAAUGAUAAUCAAAGCUAGUGUGAUCCCAGAUCUGUUGUCUCCUUCUAUAGCCUGAUUCUAGAUCUGUUUUCUCCUUCUAUAGCCUGAUUCUAGAUCUGUUGUCUCCUUCUAUAGCCUGAUUCUAGAUCUGUUUUCUCCUUCUAUAGCCCGAUCCUAGAUCUGUUGUCUCCAUCUAUAGCCUGAUUCUAGAUCUGUUGUCUCCAUCUAUAGCCUGAUUCUAGAUCUGUUUUCUCCUUCUAUAGCCUGAUUCUAGAUCUGUUUUCUCCUUCUAUAGCCUGAUUCUAGAUCUGUUGUCUCCUUCUAUAGCCUGAUUCUAGAUCUGUUUUCUCCUUCUAUAGCCCGAUCCCAGAUCUGUUGUCUCCUUCUAUAGCCCGAUUCUAGAUCUGUUUUCUCCUUCUAUAGCCCGAUCCUAGAUCUGUUGUCUCCAUCUAUAGCCUGAUUCUAGAUCUGUUGUCUCCAUCUAUAGCCUGAUUCUAGAUCUGUUUUCUCCUUCUAUAGCCUGAUUCUAGAUCUGUUUUCUCCUUCUAUAGCCUGAUUCUAGAUCUGUUUUCUCCUUCUAUAGCCUGAUUCUAGAUCUGUUUUCUCCUUCUAUAGCCCGAUUCUAGAUCUGUUUUCUCCAUCUAUAGCCUGAUUCUAGAUCUGUUUGUCCUCUUGCCAACUUCAUUGCUUAAUUUUCAAGCCAAACAUGACAAGAAGUUGGCAUGAUAGCACAAAAAGACUGGCACUAUUUUAUAGAGGGGAAAAUUAUUACAUUUUAUAAUUUGGAUCUCAAGUUAUAACUAGUGUUAAAACUAAUGAUUCAAGAUCAACUUCUUUACAAGAAAGGGGACUUUUCUUUAUUCUGUGAGUGUAAUGAUUUCAGUUCAAAUGGGACAGUGCUGUCUAUAUAAAGGACAAUAAUUUUCCACACAGUGCAGUACUACAUUCCUUCCAUUGCUGUGUGUGUUUGUGUUGUAUGUUUUGAAGGAAUUAAGGAGUAAAAGGGCUUUUGUUUACGUUGUCUCUGUCUGUUCCGUUUGCAUGAUCUCCACAGAAACAGACAACGAACACAAUAUGAACAGCUGUAUAUUUGUAUAUAUAUAAAAAAACAUUGAAAAACAUCCAAGUUCAAGAAGAGGACAUUAAACAAAUAAAAAUGACAAGUGUUUCAGUUUUUGUCGGUAGAAACAAAAUAUAAAAUAAAACGACGCCAACACAUUCAAGAUGAAAUUCAUUCUUAGCUUAAAAAAUUAACAUUU